AAAACAUUUUCAUCGUACUUCACUAUUAAUUAAGGCGUUCAAUCAUAAGUUUCGUUUAGACUUGGAAUUAAAUUCGCAACUUUUAGCUCCAAAUAUUCAGCAAAAACAUUAUCUUGCUAAUGGAUUUGCGAUGGAUGGUGCACGACAUGAAAUCGAACAUUGUUACUAUCAUGGUACUGUUAAGGAUUAUCCUGGUGCUAGUGCUGCCUUUCACACCUGCAACGGAGUCAGCGGUGUUAUACACGUAGGAAAUGAAACAUUUGUAAUACAUCCAUUUUAUGGCGGUGAUUUGUCGCAGAAACACCCGCAUGUAAUAUUCGAAGCCCGUACCAAAGCAAAUAAAGGAUGUGCAAAUUCUGGGAACAUGUUUUUGUCACGUCGACAAAAACAUAUAUCUGGUUUGGUGCUAGAUGAAGAACAACUGCAUCCGAAUGGUGGCGGCCGAUACAAACGGGAUGUCCGGGAGAAAACCAAGUACAUUGAAACGGCCAUCAUUGUCGAUAAAGCAAUGUUCGAGAAACGAAAUGGCAGCACUCGAGCGGAAGUGGUACAUGAUGCCAUCCAAGUGGCAAACAUUGCUGAUCUGUAUUUUCGUACGUUAAAUACACGAGUUGCCGUUGUAUAUGUUGAGACAUGGGCCCAAAAUCAAGCUCAAAUUGACAGUGGAAAAGACAUAAGCAAAGCAAUAUCCAAUUUCAAUGAUUACACGACACGAAAUUUAUUUGGUAUUGAUAGAGAUACGACACAGUUGUUAACCGGUGAGACUUUCGCUGGUGGUGAAUCCGGAAUGGCUGUACCAGAUACUGUUUGUAAUCCGAAAGCGGUUGGCAUUAGCGUUGAUAUAAAUGUGUACGAACCACAUUUGCUGGCUGGAACCAUGGCUCAUAUGAUUGGUCAUAACAUUGGAAUGGGACAUGAUGAUGGACGCGAAGAAUGCUUCUGCCGUGACUGGCAUGGUUGCAUAAUGGCACAAUCAAUAGUUGGUUUGGAAAAUGUCCAACCAUAUAAAUUUUCCGAAUGCAGUAAAAAGGAUUACAUCGAUCAAUUGCGAACUGGCCAUGGAUUGUGUUUGUUAAAUAAACCUAACGAAUUGGAGAUGAGACGCAAUUGUGGAAAUAAAAUUAUUGAAGAUGAUGAACAAUGCGAUUGUGGCAGCCUGGAUGAAUGUGAACUAGACCCAUGCUGUGACGGAAUAACAUGCAAAUUAAAAGUAGAAGCUGAAUGUGCAAGCGGUCUUUGCUGUGAUAAUUGCAAACUUAAAAAACAAGGAGUAAUAUGUAGACCGUCGAGUAACGAAUGUGAUAUACCAGAAUAUUGUACAGGCGAUAGUGGAAUAUGUCCGAGAGAUGUUUAUAAAAAGAAUGGUAACACAUGUGGACAAACACGGUCGGCACUAGGUGAUAUAACCGGUCAAGGAUAUUGUUUUAAUGGUGAUUGUCCCACCCUGACGAUGCAAUGUGAAGGUAUUUGGGGAUAUGGCGGAACUGCAGCCGAUCAACAAUGCUACGAUCAAUUUAAUACAAAAGGUUCGAUAAAUGGACAUUGUGGUGUAGAUGCCAGUGGUCACUACAAGAAAUGUGAUUUGGACAAUGUGAAAUGUGGAACACUACAAUGUAAGGAAGGUGACAGACAGCCGAAUCCUGAAGGAAUGGACCAAUUAAAUUCAAGAACUAUCAUAUCAAUUAAGGGCGUGGAAUAUGAGUGCAAAGCAACAGUCGGAUCAGCAAAUUUGAGCAACGAAUUUCCGGAGCACGGUCUUGUCAAAGAUGGAACACCCUGUGGAGACAAUUUAGUUUGUGUGAACCAAACAUGUGUUAGCAUUUAUCCUCACAUUGACCAAACGAAAUGUCCCACCAACAAUAUGGAUAUGGAAUGUUUCGGACACGGGGUUUGUACAAAUACCAAUCGGUGUUUUUGUGAUACGGGCUAUUCGGGACCGGAUUGUUCGAUAAAAGUUCCCACAACAACAGCACCACCGACCGAUGCACCCACACCCGAUAAUGCCAUCAAAAUGGAAAAGAAAGAAACACCAUACGAGAAUUAUCAUGGUUCGAAUACUGUGUUUCUAGUCGGUGUACUUAUGUCAGUAGUUGGGUUCGUUUUUGUAACAUUCACCCUCAUGGCAUUGUGCUACAGGCCUGUAUUUGAUCGAAAAGGAAAUCCAAUAUUUAAGAGAAAAACCACCCGAAUGAAGUACGAUCCUCCAUACACAAAAAAAUCGAUUGGCAAGACGUAUGGCGGUGCGGGCAAUGCGAACCAUCAUUCUGUGGAAGAAGUGUCACUGGAUGGUUCGAACAAACUAAUCACUUACGGAAACACAUUUAGGGAUCAUAAAAUGCAGCAAAUCAGACGAUCAACGGGAGGUGGCGAUGACGAUGCAACACAUUCCGAAAAAGGAAUACUCAAAAAGCAUGGCUACGGACUGGUGCUGAGCGAUAACAAUAAAGAGAAAUGGGGUGAAAAUGGUGACAACAUGGAACUGAUGGUGCAACAGCAGGAUGGUGGCUUAGGUUCUGGCGUUGUGGAUGUAGAACGUACACUGCGUAGCUUAAACGGUUAUCACGAAGAUAUACUGGAAGCACUAAAAACGGCUGCCGCAUCACAAUCACAUCGCGGUACCGGUGCUGGUAAUACACCGUCGGGUAGUGGUAGCAUCAGCGAAGAACAACUUAGAAAAACAGUACAAGAUAUUACUGUUGCUAUGAACUACGGAGAGUACAAACGUAGUAGCUCUAAGAAUAGUUCGAAAGAAAACAUUUGUGACACAUUACCGUCACAUUCAGUGCUCGUUGAAAGUGGGCCGAGCAAUACGAUGCUUCAUCAGCAACAUCGACCACAUAAUUUACAUCAGGACGAUGAUGAUACACCCGCCACUGGUCCGCUUCGUAUACGAAACUUAGAAGAUCUUAUUAGACAAUUAGAACAUCAUUCCGUUAGACAAAUGAGUCCCAGUUGUUCUGAAGACAUACGAAUGUCCGAAACCGAAGCCGAUCGUCAUUAUAGAUUAGAUAGUUCUGCCGCUUGUAGUGAAUCCUCGCAAGGAUCAAAUCAGCAAUUAGCACAAUCACAGAAAACAGCAACUAUACUUCCGUCGUACAACAGCCGAUGUCGUCCGCGUUCAGACGAGGAAAGCCAUUUCGUUUACGGUCACUAUCGACAUCCAACACAAAAUCGACGCCCCGUUCACCAACCACAUUCACCUCAUCAAUUUAGUCAUCAUACGCACCAUGGCCAUGCACACGGACAUGGAUCGCAUGGCGCUCAUUCGUCACAUCACUCGUCGCAUACUCAUUUGCAUCAAGAUGAGGAUGGUAUUUACGAAACAGCUGAUCAUCGUGAACGUGGUGUUGAUGGUCGUGUUAAUCGUGAUACGCCUGAUAGUGAAAGUGAUGACUUUAUUCAAGCUCAACAACAGUUAGCCCGGUGGGCGAGUGAGGAUGUCGUCUCCGUGGUGGUAUUGGAACCGGGCUCGGAUUCUACAACAACAGGCGUCGGCCAUUCACAAACGGCGGAUACCCACCACCACGGCGAUUCAUCAAUGAUUGGGACUGGACUAAAUGUCGGUCCCAGGGACUAUUACCCAUCACCGCCGUCAACGGAAACGGAAAGCAGCGGCAGUGUUAUUCAGCCGCUGAGACGCGUCACCCAUAUCGAUCCCGUACACGGCGACGCACAAUUAACGGAGACAUCCGGUCGUUAUCCGGAAUAUAAACACUGAUAAUAGUUUCGGGGGUGUAUUUAAUGGAUGGCCCCUAUUGUGAUGUUAAUGUGUAAAAAUAAAACCAAAUUUAAGAAAAUACAGAAGAAGAAGAAGAAGAAGAAGAAGAAGAAGAAGAAGAAGAAACAAAAGUAUUAAAAAAAUGCACACACAACAAAAAUAAA